GCCAGGCCCCUCCAGGACCACAGUCAGAUGCAACAGGCUCCAGGGGCUGCCGUGAUGCCUGUCCCUGUUCCCUCAUUCUGCCGACUUCUGUCUUCUCUGCUGCUGGCCCUGCUGCUGAAACUGACAGGAACUUCAGGUGAAGAGUUCCAGGUGAACCAGCCUGAGAGUUUGCUGUCAGCCAAGGCUGGAGAUGUCAUAACCUUGGUCAGCAAUAUGCCUGCUCUGUCCCCGGCAGGGCCCGUCUUGUGGAUCAAGGAGACUGGGCUAGAACGAAAAUUAAUCUACAGUUUCAACGGAAACCAAUUUCCCCGAGUAUCCCAAGUGGUAAGCCCAAAGGCCAACCAAACAGACUAUUCCAUCCGCAUCAGUAAUGUGUCGCCUGAGGAUACUGGUACCUAUUACUGUGUGAAGUUAAUCAUAGCAUUUCCUAACAUGGAGUAUGUAUCUGGUCCGGUCACCUACGUGUCCGUGAAUGGAACCACAGACGAAAUGUUCAAGGUGCAACAACCUGAGAUGUCACAGACUGUAUCAACUGGGGAAACACUCAUCUUGAGUUGCAGUGUACCAGAUUCAUUUCCGAAAGGACCCGUCUUAUGGUUCAAGGGAACUGGACGAAAACGUAAAUUAAUCUACAAUUUCAAAGGAGGCCUCUUUCCCAGAGUCAAAAAAAUUGGAAACAUGGCCAAAGCUGGCAACACAGACUUUUCCAUCCGCAUCAGUGAAAUCUCUCUUGCAGAUGCCGGCAUCUACUUCUGUGUGAAGUUCAAGGAGGGAAAACCUGACAUAGAGUACCAGUCAGGUCGGGGCACCCAGGUGUUUGUGACUGGAACAAGCAAUAAUUCUGCCCCAGAUACUCCAGACAGACAUCUCUUGACAGUGAGGGGAACCAAGCUGAGGAAAAAUCUGCUCUAG